UGAAGAGCAACGCUUGGCAGAUUAAAGGCGCGCAGUAAAGAGGGAUAUCGCGCGGUUUGUGUGCGAGCGAAACAGGGAAUCGUCACGAGAGGAAGGACAGAGACAGAGGUAGAGUCGCGAUGUGGGAUAGUUGCGAUGAGAGCGAGUGCAGUGAGUUGACUUCGACGAGGACGAUUGAUUUCGUGAAGCCCGAGAUGUUCGAGCCCACGGAACAGGGGAAGGAUCUGUGCAUCCACACAGGCGUUGUACUUCGUGGAGCAAAUGCAAGAGAGGAUGAAGUUCAUAGUUCAGGAACACUCAACAUUGUGGAAUAUAGUUUUGGCAAGUGUAUAGAAUGGAAGCCUAUAGAAGAUUCUGUCGUGUCGGAAUGUCAAGAUCAAGAUCCAGAAUGGUCUCUUGUGGACACACAUACGAGAAGAACUCGUACAAACUCAGAAGGUCCAGACUCUCGUACGAGAACUGUUAAAAUAUAUUUCUCCGAUUUAAAGUCUUUUCGAGUGAAUCAUGGUGGACAACAACUUAUCUUUAUGCAGAGGGAUGGUACCACCUAUGUUGCCUUCUUUCAGCUUUGUAACGCUGAAAGUUUUGUUAAUUCACUGAAGGGAUUUAUUAAAUUCGUAAAAUCACGCUCGGAUAAGAACUUGUAUCUUGUUUUGGAUGAAGUAGAGACUGUGUUAAAGCGAUCCUUUGCCGAGUUGGAUCUGUUUCAAGAAAAUACUUCAGAUUAUGUAUGGAAGUUUGUGAAAAACUUACAUAAUCGUCCUUAUGAAACAACAAUGGAGGCUUUCAGUAAACUCGCAGAUAUUUGGUUGUAUAAAGAACCAGUAAAACGGCCUGUUGAAGAGGCAGUCGCCGACCUAUUAAAUCAAUCUCUUACAAUCGAUCCUCAUCCACGUGUAUCUGUAUCUGUAUCUGGAGAAGGAUCCGGAGAGGAAUACGAAGUAAUUGGAGUUGGAGUAGAUUUACCUCCGCGACCACCAUGUCCACGUGGUACACCAUUGACACAAGAACAAUGGGAAAAGUGUAAAGAUUCAGAAGGAAGAAUUAUUGAUCCAGAGGCUAUCAAAGAAAUCAUCUUCCGAGGGGGUAUUGUUCCAUCAUUGCGUUUUGAAGUAUGGAAAUUUUUAUUGAAUUAUUAUCCAUGGAAAUCGACACACAAUGAAAGAUUAGAAUUGAAGAGAAAAAAGACUGAUGAAUAUUUCACAAUGAAAUUGCAAUGGCGUACAUUCACAUCCGCGCAAGAGAGUCGAUUUUCUGACUAUAGAGAACGAAAAAGUUUGAUAGAAAAGGACGUAAAUAGAACAGACCGAACACAUGCUUAUUAUGCAGGAGAUAAUAACCCUCACUUAGAACAAUUAUAUGAUAUACUCAUGACCUAUGUAAUGUACAAUUUUGAUUUAGGAUAUGUUCAGGGUAUGAGCGAUCUGCUCAGUCCUAUUUUAUUUUUAAUGGACAAUGAAGUUGAUGCAUUUUGGUGCUUUGUUGGAUUCAUGGAUAAAGUGAGCACCAACUUUGAGAUGGAUCAAAAAGGCAUGAAAGCGCAAUUAUGUCAAUUGCAUACUUUAUUAUGCACUACAGAACCACAAUUGGCAUAUUACCUGAAUAGACAUGAUUCUGGCAAUAUGUUCUUCUGCUUUCGAUGGCUGUUGGUACUUUUUAAACGAGAAUUUAGUGCGAUUGAUAUAUUAAAAUUAUGGGAAAUACUAUGGACUGGUUUACCUUGCAAAAACUUUCAUUUGCUUAUAUGCGCAGCUAUUUUGGACACAGAAAAAAAUAUUUUAAUAGAAAAUAAUUAUGGAUUUACAGAAAUAUUGAAGCAUAUAAAUGAUUUGUCACUUCAUAUUGAGUUACCAUGGACAAUUUCUAAGGCAGAAGGUAUUUACUAUCAAUUAAUGUCCAUAGAAGAUCAGAUUCCUGAUGAUGUUCGUGAAAUUAUCGGAUUGGAACGAUUACACAAGACGACAUCAAUGAAUGGAAGCGAUGAUGAGACAAUUAAUAAUAGCCGAGUAAAUGGAGCUCGAGUUAAUAAUUCGAGAAGAAAUAGUUCAGGUAGCGCCAAUGUCAAAUUAGGAGACGAUGAAGUAUCAUUCGAACGUGGAUUGAAUAUGUCAUAUAUGUGAGGUCAGGACUGGACCUUUAUAAUGAUUACUAAUAGAAAACUGAUUGAAAGUCUCUCCAUUUGAAGAAUCAAAUAUCUGUUAAAGUUCUUAUCUGAGAUCUUAUACAUAUUAUUUCAAAAAUAUUAUUGACAAUAUUUCCAUGUGUGGUUUUCAACGAAAAUUAGAUUAAAAAUAAGCAAUGCUUUCAGAAUUUUUCGAAAAUACAUAAAUAAUAGCAUAUUUAUAUAAACAAUGAUCAGAUUUUUUAAAUUGAUAGAAUAUUUUCUUUUUCUUUAAAUAUUAUAAUUGACUGAUUGUAAUUAUAAGCUUGAAAUUCUAAAACAUAGAAAAUGAAUGUAAUGGAUACAUUCUCAAAAAAUAACUAAGUAGUGUGUUGAAUUUUGAGAUAUUUAUAAUAUUUAUUGUAUAGAAGGACGAAAAGAGAGACAGAUAUUACAGUAUUUGUGUGUGCAAAACAUGUAUAGGUAUUUCAGUGCAAAAAAACUUUGUCUCACUGUAAAUGGCUGUAAAGUGCAGAAACUUUCAAGUUCAGAAGCAGGAAGAUAUAAUAUCUCUGGAUCUUGACAAGUGUUAUGUAUGCAUAACUUUCACUUUAGUUAAAACCUCUUUUUAGAUUUGUAUAAAACCUCACAACAUUAAACUGUAUAUUUCUAAUAAAAAUCACUUAUUUAAUCUUUCA